AUGGGCAAGAAGGUCUUCUUCGACGUUACCUGGGAGGGUCCUGUCAUGCAGGGCGGCAAGCCUACCAAUACUGUCAAAGAGCAGUCUGGUCGCAUCAGCUUCAACCUAUUUGACGACGUCGUUCCCAAGACCGCCGAGAACUUCCGCGCUCUUUGCACUGGUGAAAAGGGUUUUGGUUACUCUGGAUCGUCUUUCCACCGCAUCAUCCCCGACUUUAUGCUUCAGGGUGGUGACUUCACGCGUGGCAAUGGCACUGGUGGCAAGUCCAUCUAUGGUGACAAAUUCGCCGACGAGAACUUCAAGCUGAAUCACGACCGCCCUGGACUGUUGUCCAUGGCCAACGCCGGCCCCAACACAAAUGGCUCCCAGUUCUUCGUUACCACUGUCGUUACCUCAUGGCUCAACGGACGGCACGUCGUCUUUGGCGAAGUCGCUGACGAGGAGUCCUUGAACAUUGUCAAGGCCCUCGAGGCCACUGGUUCCCAGAGCGGUACUGUCAAGUACAGCAAACGCCCCACCAUCGUCAAGUCUGGUGAGCUGUAA